UAUCUUUUCUUCCUGGUUGCAUCCAUACGUCCAUUCUCUACUCUUUUGAUCUUCUCUCUAUCAUCUGCCGUUCAGCAUCCGACGGGAGCACAUCCGCUUCAGCAGUUAGGGCAUAGCAAACAACCACGCAAGCACCUCCUCUCCAUCCCACUGCUUGAACGACUUCGAUAUGCAAGAGUCCAAACACUCUAGCUCUUUCGAGAUUGUCUCGAUCGAUGGCCACCACGCACAGGCACCCACUCAAGCGCCAGAACUGAACCCACCUCCGCCCACGUCAAAACAAGGAUGCAUGUACAUGUCCCGUCGAAGCCACCUUCUCGCACUCGCCUGCUAUCUCUUGACCUCUGGAUUAUCUAGCCUCUACUUUUGUUUGGUUCAGGCAGGAAUGAAAACCAUUGAGCUGUGUGAAUCUGUCGCCAGCUGCCUGUUUUACUCGACGCAGGGCUGGCCUGCCUUGGGGGAGCAGAGCAUUGACUUGCUCACCAUGUCGUAUAUCUCGGGCAGUAUUUCUGUCAUGGGAGGCAUUCUGGGGACCUUUGGUAUUUACGCUGCCUACAAGAAAUCAGCCACAAAAGUCCGGCUGUUCGCCAAGGCAUGGUGGAUCAUGAUAGGCAUGUUCAUCGGCUCCACAGUCCUGACUCUCUUUCUCACGGUCGUCCACAGAGACCGCUUUUUGGUCCAAUGUGCAAUCGAACAUGACGAGAUUUUGGGCACAGCCGAAUGCGAUACCAUGUACGGAGCCGCACUCCUGGGUUCCUUAAUCGGGUGCCUCAUCGGCGUCACCAUGGUCUGGUGUUAUGGAGAGGAUGUAGUUAGGUACUCGGUCGAAUUGGAGACUGCAGAGGAGAAGACGAGACGUCUCGAGAGAUUCUAGCAAGCAGCAACUGAACGCAGAGGUCGAGAUAAGAGUGGGUCGCUGCAAAUCAGUUCACCCACCCUGGUCUCACCCAUCCUGGUCUCACUUUGACUUAGCAUACCCAUAAAAACAACUAUCUGCGAACAAUGUGUUGGCACAUGGCGUAGACUACUUCGGACGAGGAUCGCCCAAUUUUGAU